AUGGGAAAUUAUUGGAAAAAUCCUGGGAAAAAAUGGGAAAAAAAUGGAAAAAAAAGGGAAAAAUCCUGGGAACAAACGGGCAAACCAAGGGAAAGCAAGAGGCGCCCGGUGAAGGUUUAUCCCAACGGGGCCAACGAGGAGGAGGAGGAGGAGGAGGAGAAUUCCCGGGUGUGGGAGUUGCGGAGGGAUGAACCCCCCGAGGAGGAGGAGGAGGAUGAGGAGGAUGAGGAGGAGGAAGAGGAGCCGGGGUUGCCGUGGGGGUCCCGGCAGCAGAAGCGCUAUGGGGGGUUCAUGGGCUCCGAGGGGGCGCGGCCGCCGCUGCUGACGCUCUUCAGGAACGCCAUCGGCAGGGGCCUGCCCAAGGGCGCCCACUGAGAUAAGGGAAAAGUCCAGGGAAAAACUGGGAAAAAAUCCCGGGAAAAAUCGGGGAAAUAUUAUGGGAAAAAAUGGGGAAAAACUGGAAUAAAAUGGGAAAAAUCCUGGAAAAAAAUGGCAAAAAAAUGGCAAAAUAUGGCAAAAAAAUGGCAAAAAAAUGGCAAAAAGCCU